AUGAGAGGUGACAAUGGUGUCGGGAUAUCCGGCCGUAGUUUUUUGAGCGGCAGCACCGAGGACGGGGGGGGCAUGGCUUCGGGCGUGCAGCUGAUGCGCACGUUUGGCGAUGACGAACAUCCACUUUUUGGCACCAGGAUUUGGAGAAGAGAAAAGAAUUGGGGCAGCGACAGGCACGCCCGGCGUCAUGGUGCAGCUCAAAGUCCAGCAGCGUCACAGCCCGCCGAGAACAAGUCCACGGUCGAGAUCAAUGGCAACAAAUACCACACAGACACAUGGUUCAACACGCCCCCGAACAUAAUAACAAACGUGCCGAGGAAACUACACCUGCAGAAAGAUCAUCCCGUCUAUAUUACCCGCCAGAUCAUCGAGUCCGUCUUCCCCUCGCCCACCUACAAGUAUCACAACACUUUCGACCCCGUCGUGAGCACGCAUCAGAACUUCGACUCCCUCGGCUUCCCACCAGACCACCCCGGCCGCGCAAAGUCGGAUACUUACUACAUCAACGAGUCAACCCUUCUGCGAACACACACUUCCGCCCACCAGGCCGACGUCUUCCGCGCCAACCUCUCCCCGGGAUAUCUCGUCAGCGCCGACGUCUACCGCCGCGAUGAGGUCGACCGGAGCCACUACCCCGUAUUCCACCAGAUGGAGGGCGCCCGAAACUGGGACCGCCAUUCUGCUAGCGCCCCAGCCGACAUUGCUAAGCAGAUAUGGUCGGACGUAGAAAAACUACCGAGCCACAGCAUCAAGGUGGACGACCCCAACCCGCCGCACCACCCGGACCGCAACCCCUUGCAGGCCGCUCACCAUUCCGCCGAGGAGGCCGAGGCUAUCGGUGCCCAUUUGAAGCGGUCGCUCGAGCUCAUGGUCGUCGAGAUCUUUACCCGCGCCGCCAGGGCUGCGAAAAAGGCCGACCCGGAUUUCGUCGAUGAGCCCCUCAGGGUUAGGUGGGUGGAAGCAUACUUCCCCUUUACUAGCCCGUCAUGGGAGCUAGAGGUCUACUAUGCCGGCGACUGGCUCGAGGUCCUGGGAUGUGGCGUCGUCAAGCAGGACCUGUACAUCAAUGCCGGAGUGCCGAACCAACUAGGCUGGGCUUUCGGCAUUGGGCUGGAGAGAAUCGCCAUGCUGCUCUUCCAGAUCCCUGACAUCCGCCUCUUCUGGUCUCAGGACGCCCGAUUCUCUAACCAAUUUACUGGAGUGUCAGACAACUUGGAUUCUCUAAAGCGCUUUGUGCCUUUCUCCAAAUACCCAGGCUGUCCCAAGGAUGUAUCAUUCUGGCUCAAGUCCAGCUCGUCUGCAGGCGGCAAUAUCAAGGCCAACGCGCACGACUUUCACGAGAACGAUGUCAUGGAGAUCGUCCGCAGCAUCUGUGGCGAUACCGUUGAGGACGUCAAGCGCAUUGAUGACUUCACCCACCCCAAGACUGGCAGGAGGAGCAUGUGCUACAGAAUCAACUACCGCAGCCUUGAGCGCACGUUGACCAACGCCGAGACCAACGAGAUGCAUGACAAGGUUACGCAGGCUCUGGUCGAGAAACUAGGGGUUGAAAUUCGGUGA